AUGCAGCGCCGGUUGCAGCUGGAACCGAUUCUGGCGAUUCAAGCGUUGCUCGUGAUCGCCUUCGUCGUUUUUUCAAAUGGUCGUAAUCUUCCGUCGUGGGAGCUACGAAUUAGUGUGUCGUUUUGCCAAAGUUCGAUCCUUUCUACUCGGGCCGCCGGGGCGUUGUUCGGCGAGGAACGAAGUGGUGGGAGGGAAAUUUUCGACUUAAUUCUCCCGGUGAAAGUCACUUGA